AUGGAAGCCAACGGGAUUUAUCUCAUUCUUUCAGUUGCUGCGGUUGAGUACCAUUGGGGGAUCUAUGUGGCCGAGAAUGCAACUAAGGGGGUCAUCCACCACGCCAAUAACGCGCAAGGCGGUUGGUCGUACGAGCGCAAGCUCACUCAAACCCUUGUCCUCUCGAAAAUGUUAGCAUUGGCCUUGAAAAUCGGAACCAUCCCCCUACCGCAAGGGCAUACCCAAAUCGACCCUAUCCUAGGCAAUCCGAAUAUGAUCUCGCAGGAUCCGGGGUUUAGGUGCAGAGCGUGGGCACUGGAUGGCGUGGCACGGCUCCACACUAUGGGCGUUGUCAACGCUCCCGAUAACUCGGCGGUGAUGGCCAAGGCGUAUCAGCUGGCAAAUGCGAAUCGAUCGAACAUUGAGCUAGGUACAGGGUCGUUUGUUGUGGCGACGUUGUAG